ACAUUUCCACCAUCAACAAGUCUCUCAGCUUUGUAGUAUACACUUCAAGCACCUCCAUUUGAAUAGUAUCACUCGUAAAUAUCUACGAAAAUGACAACUAAUCCAUCCAUUUUCCUAACCAUAUUACCUAUCUUGCUCCUCCUGAACCCCACCAACGCUGGGAUCCCUGGUGUCUACACCGGCAGCUCUUGGCAAACCGCUCACGCCACUUUUUACGGUGGGGACGACGCUUCAGGAACCAUGGGUGGUGCAUGCGGUUACGGUAACUUAUACAGUCAAGGAUAUGGUACGAACACGGCGGCUCUCAGCACGGCGCUUUUCAACAGUGGAUUAACUUGUGGUGCUUGCUUUGAAAUCAAAUGUGUCAAUGAUCCUAAGUGGUGUCACUCAGGCAGCCCUUCAGUCUUUGUAACUGCAACAAACUUCUGUCCUCCGAAUUUAGCUCAACCUAGCGACAAUGGUGGCUGGUGCAACCCGCCACGUGCUCACUUCGACCUAGCUAUGCCAGUUUUCCUCAAGAUCGCUGAGUACCGUGCUGGCAUUGUCCCAAUCUCCUACCGCAGGGUGGCAUGUAGGAAGAGUGGAGGGAUGAGAUUCACGAUAAACGGUCACCGUUACUUCAACUUGGUGCUGAUAACGAACGUGGCUGGAGCAGGAGACAUCGUGAGGACGAGCAUGAAAGGAUCAAAGACUGGUUGGAUGGGUUUGACUAGGAACUGGGGACAGAACUGGCAGUCUAAUGCUGUUCUCGUUGGUCAGUCACUCUCCUUCCGUGUCACAACCAGUGACCGUAGAACCUCGACUUCAUGGAACAUCGUACCUUCUAACUGGGAGUUCGGACAAACCUUUGUCGGAAAAAACUUCAGGGUCUAAAGUGAAAAAAGCUCCUUUAUCAAGCGUGAGAUCUAUGACUUUGUAUUUUCUGUUUUUUUUUUCUUCAUUAAUGUGAUCUGAAGUGGCUGUUAAGUAAACAGCCCGCAGCUCUUAUCCUGCCUGUAAUGUCAAAUUUCAUUAAAACUAUAAUGUAUCAUUCACUUAUAUACAGUUUAAGUAUAGUAGCUCAACUGUGUUUUUCUUUUCAAUAUGAUCCUCCUUGUUGCAACCUUAUUUUACUAAACACCCUUAGUUAUGUGCUCUUCAUGUUAAACUGUAGAUUCUUUAAUACAAAGUUACAACCAAUGUAAAAACUCAAUUGGUUCUCUUUGGCUCCAAUUUUAUCCAGUUUUGAGUGAUUAACAAAGCCAAAUAAUCAUUUGUAGCGUCAAAUGUAUUUGGUACAAAUUCUUCAAAGAAUAGCAUUUAAAUCUUCGUCUAUGGUCAGCUAAUGAUCUUAGCUGUCUAUACGAAUGGUAACCACAUUUUCAUUCAAAUAAAGGAUUUAAAGUUUUUUUUUGGUUGAGAAUCAGUGCUAAUAAGAACACUAAAUCCACAAUAAUAACAAUGAAAAUAAUAUAUAUAUAUAUAUAUAUAUAAAGGGCUCAUAUCAAGUGUACAUUGGAAGGACCGUCAUCGAGGGUAAGAGAUAGAGAAAGAAAUAAACCUAACAAUCGAAAAAGGGAAAAAAAA